AUGACCGCUGGAACUUGGCACCGCCUUGAGCCAGCGAUGCCAGCCCUGCGGCUCACCGUGUCGCUCCUGGGCUGCGUGAUGUUGGCCCCCCAGAUGGCCCUGGGCUCAGACAUCGUGCCCGGACUGCCCAAGGUCAAAUGGGCCAAGCCUGGCGACCUGAACAUCGGCUGUCUCUUCGCCGUCACUUACUUCAACGAGGAUAGGAAAGUGUACACGCUGCACCCGUUCAAUAGUGUUGGCUUGGUAGAGACCGUCGAUCACAUUUUCAACAUUAUAAACAAGGAGCAGAAGAUACUGCCAGGCAUUAAGUUAGGGUUCGUCAUCCUGGACACUCGACUAGACCCCUCCAUUUCUGUGGGGCAGAGUCUCAGCUUUCUGAGGAAAUAUGAAGGCAACACGACUGACCCACAGCAGAACAAGGUCAUUGGAGUGGUGGGGACGGACACGAGUUUGACGAGCAUACCCUCCUCCACGCUACUGGCCACCAUGAACAUCCCGAUGGUCAGCUUUCUGGCGUCCGCGGAUAUUCUCAGUGACAUGAACAAAUUUCCAGCAUUCUUUAGAGUGAUCGCCCCUCUCAGGUAUCAGCUCGCAGGGAUCAUCAAGCUGCUGAAAAUCAAGAACUGGCUUUAUUUUUCCGUAAUGUAUCAGGCGGGAACCUACGGCGAUGGCGCCUAUAGAGCGCUCAGGCUCCGCGCGGAGAAGGAACGUAUGUGCAUCGCCAUGACCAUCAAACUGAUGGACUCGACCAAGUACGAACAGGUGUUGAACCGGCUGAAGAAGCAAGUUAAGUUAUCGCGGAUUGUCGUGGUGCUGGUGUCUGACAUUGUGUUUCCACGGCUAUUUGCAGCCGCCAAGGCAACCGGGACGGAGAAAGAUUUUUUGUGGAUAGGAACGGACACGUUGACAGUCAAUAUGUAUGGCGACGGCUUCAUUCCCGGCUCCAUCGCCGUGGCCUACGACACGCAUCCCAUCCCCGGGUUCUUGGAAAUUGUGAGGACGAGUUUAAAAACGAGCGAAAAUCCUUGGCUUCCUUAUCAAAGCGAAGAAGAAAAGAAACUGAAUCAUAAGGAAUUAUGCAAAAUGUUACUGCCGUCUUGUCUGGUUUACGACGCCGUGUUGGUGCUUGCGCAUGCUCUGUCAAUGCUGCUGCAGGAGAAAUGUCCCACAGCUAAAGGCAAGCAGGCCUCGGAAUGUUUCGACAGGCAUCAGCACGAGUUCAUCAGCUACAUCUGGAAGGUCUCUUUCAAGGGACUCUCCGGCAAUAUUGUCUUUAACAAGGAAGGCGACGUCAUCGGCAACGUGAAAGUCAUCCAGUCUAAUUUGGUCCCGAACAACGGAGAAAUUACGCCCAGCUUUAUCGGGCUGUACGACGUCGGCACGGAGAAGUUAACCCUGUCUGAGAACAUCACCUGGGAGCAUUUCAGCUUCCCCGAGGCCCACACGCAAGCGGAUUACUUCUGCAUGCCGAAGUGCAAGCCGGGGGAGUUCAGGGUGCAGUAUAUGAACUGCUGCUGGCGGUGUCGCGUGUGCCAGGAGUACAUGAAGGUCUCAGCAGACGGCACCCACUGCGUCAAGUGCCCGCUCCUCCACUGGCCCCAGCACGACGUCUGCGUGCCCAUCACGCCGGAUCACAUGACGUGGAACUCGCUCAUCGCCAUUGUCCUGCUCAUCCUCUCCAUGACAGGGGUCAUCCUAGCCGUGGUCCUGCUGGUCAUUUACGUCGUGUACAGGGGGGAGUUCAUCAUCAAGGCCUCGAGCAUUGAACUAUCAAUCAUCCAGCUCAUCUCCAUCAUGUCAGGCUACCUGGGCGUGCCCAUCCUCUUGUUGCGGCCCACCCAUUGGUCGUGUGUGCUAGGGAUCUGCUUCUUCACGUUCAGCUUCAACUCACUCUACGUCGCCAUGCUGAUUAAAUCCGUUCGAGUCUAUCGGAUUUUCAAGAUGUCCAAGAAACAAAUGAAACUGUCCUACACAGGCUCUCUCUUCCAGGUGGCUUUCUUCUCCAUCUUCCUCGUCUUUCAGGUGGUGAUCUACUUCACCUUGAUCUAUUACUUCCCCAUCGACGUCAUCGUCAACCAGCCGGAAGAGAACCUCAAGUACACGGAGGAGGUCUGCGACAUCUCUGACAUCACGCUCAUCCCCUUCUUCAUCUUCGACGUGGUCCUGCUCUGCUUCUGCUCCGUGUUCGCCUUCAAGACUCAGAGCCUGCCCAGCACGUUCAAGGAGAGCCGUCACGUGUCCAUGUGCGUCAUCACCACCAUGAUCAUGUGGGUGGCCUUCAUGCCGGCCUACUUCACCUCCACCAAGCGGCUGCUCAAGUUCUACUACAUCAUUCUGGCCAUCCUCAUCAACCACACCACAGCCCUGUGUUUCCUGUUCCUGCCCCGGAUGUACGCCCUGUGGUACAUGGCCGGCAAGCGGAUGGACAGGAACAAGGUGUUUGGCUCGCUCGGGGAGACCAUCUCUACCAACAAGUGA